AUGGAUGAUAAGUCAACACUAGUUACACCUGGCGGCAAUACAUUUAUUGAUGAGUGGCAUGAUGCAUCAGCUGAAAAUUCUACUAAUAUUAAUACGAAUAAUCUACUAUUAAAAGAAAAUAAUCAUGAACACUUGUCAUCUGAAGACAUAUUAAUAGAAUCACAAAAUAAAGCUAAUAAUGGAACAGUAUUUAAACAUUCAAUGCAAUUUACUGGAACAAGUUCUGUUAAUCUUGAUCUUAAUUUAGGUCCAGCACCUUUCUGUUAUGAAGAAAAAGCUAAAAAAGAACGUGAAAAUUGUGAUUAUUCAAUAAAAAUUACAUUCGAUAUGGCUAAAAAUGGUACAGCACCAAGAAAAAUUCGUGUUUAUGCAGAUGGUAUUUAUGAUUUAUUUCAUGCUGGUCAUGCUCGACAAUUAAUGCAAGCAAAAAAUUUAUUUAAAAAUGUUUAUUUACUUGUUGGUGUUGUUAACAAUGAAGUAACACAUAGAGAAAAAGGUAAAACUGUAAUGAAUGAAGCUGAACGUUAUGAAAGUGUUCGCCAUUGUCGUUAUGUUGAUGAAGUUGUAACAGAUGCACCCUGGGCAAUUGAUGAUGAACUUUUAAUACAAAAUAAAAUUGAUUUUGUUGCACAUGAUGGACUUCCAUAUGUAACUGAAGCUAGUGAUGAUGUUUAUCAACAUGUUAAAGAACUUGGUAUAUUUGCUGCUACUCAACGUACUGAAGCUGUUUCGACAUCUGAUAUAAUAUGUCGUAUUGUUCGUGAUUAUGAUACGUAUGUACGACGAAAUUUAGCUCGUGGUUAUUCACCUCAAGAUUUAAAUGUUGGUUUUAUUAAAAAAAAUCAACUUGAAUUUCAAUCACGAAUUAAUACAGUUAAAUUAAAACUUAGUACAUAUAAAGAAGAAUCAAAAACAUUUAUGGAACGUUGGGAAGAUCGAAGUAAAGAAUAUAUACAUGAUUUUAUUGGUUUAUUUGAACAUACAACUGUUUUAAAUUUACUUAAUCGAACACGAUCCGGAGUUGUACAUUCUAAUAUUCAUAAUAAACAAAGUGAUACAGAAAAUAAUGAUAUCAUUACAUUAGAAGACAAUAAUUCUAAUGAACAGAAAUCGAAACAAUAA